UAACCUUUUUGGUACCAUAGUAAACAAAUGUAUAAACGUGAUUAGUGUCAGCUUCCAUUACAAUCCAAAGCCUCAAUUUAAAGAAAGAAAAAAAAGAAGAAGGGAGAGGAUGACACAUCUAGGCAAUUACAAGCUGGUGUUCCUGGGAGAUCAGGCCGUUGGUAAAACCAGUAUCAUUACAUGUUUCAUGUACGGUAACUUUGACACUAAUUAUCAGGCUACAAUUGGAAUUGAUUUUUUGUCCAAAACAAUGCGUCAUGAAGAUACAACUUUUCGUCUGCAAUUGUGGGACACGGCUGGACAAGAGAGAUUCAAAAGCCUAAUACCAAGUUAUAUCAGAGAUUCUUCUGUUGCUGUCAUUGUCUAUGAUGUUGCUAAUAAGCAAUCAUUUAUUAACGCCUCCAAGUGGAUUGAAGAUGUUCGUGCAGAAAGAGGCAAUCAAGUCAUCAUUGCUCUCGUUGGUAACAAAACCGAUCUUGUUCAUCGAAGGCAAGUUUCAAUAGAGGAAGGAGAUAACAAAGCUCGUGAGCUUGGAGCUUUGUUCAUAGAGACUAGUGCAAAAGCUGGAUUCAACAUUAAGCCUCUGUUCUGUAAGAUUGCGUCGGCGUUACAGGGGACUGAAACACAAACUUGGACGAGACAAGAGGAUUUGGUGGAUGUGAACCUAAAGCCAAUGACCAAUUUAUCUCACUCAGAGCAGCAACAAGGAAACUGUUCUUGUUAAAUGAUAUAUUACAUAGCUUUUUAAUUAGAGAGUUAGGAAGACAGAAAAAAACAUUAAUGUGAUUUGAUAAAACUAUUGUUACAACAACCAAGAGCUUCUUUCCGUAUGUGAUAGUUUUUGAACCUGAGUGCAGUGAUCUUUU